UUUUUAUUCACUUUCUAUUAAAUUUUUUAAAAUUCAUGUCAAGUCAAAGUGUGACGUUUAAUAAUAGAGAGAGUAUGACUUUGGUUAAAUUUUAAUUGUCUUAUACUCCUUAGAAAAGCAUUUGGAAAAACUAGGAAUGUUGGGAUUUUUUUUUGCAAUUAUCUCGUGAUGAAGUAUAUAUAUUGUAUUAUUGAGGGUUUUCAACAGUUUGUUUUUCAUAAAGAGUCGACAAACGACGUCAUUCAACUCAUGUCCACAUAUUGCAUAAAAAAAACAAAUCCAAACUUUAUGAAUUUGAGGCACAAGGCUGAGUAAAUUUCAAUUUUAUUUUUAUCACUACAUUUCUCAUUCUCCAAAUCGCCGCAAAUGAUUGAAAGCCAAGUCAAGAAUUACAUCGCGCGCCUAAUCCACUGUUGCAAGAACUUCAGACACCUCAAUCAAAUCCAUUCACAUAUCAUAGCAUCGCCACAUUUAUCCACAGAUGAUCGAUCUUUCCUCAUCUCUCGCCUCUUCUUCUACCUCUGCACAGCCUCCCACUCCCUCCAAUACGCCAACAAGCUUUUCAAUUUCUUCGAAAAACCGAGUCUUUACAUAUACAACGCGAUGAUCAGAGCCAAUGCUACGAACAUAAAGGAACCCACAUCGCGUGAGUGCUUAGCUUUGUAUAAAGAGAUGAUGGCCAGCGGUGUGGUGCCUGAUUGCAUAACACUGCCCUUUCUGCUAAAGGAAUGCUCGAAAAGAUUUGACGGCCCCACGGGCCGGGCUGUGCACGUGCACAUUGUCAAGUUUGGGUAUGAAGGGGAUGUCUACGUGCAGAAUGCUCUGAUAAAUACCUACUCGGAGUGUGGAGGUUUGGAGGAUGCGAGGAAGGUGUUCGAUGGAAUGCCUAAUAGAGAUGUGGUUUCGUGGAAUUCGAUGAUCGUUGGGUGUUUGAGGAAUGGGGAGGUUGAUUCGGCUUUGGAGUUGUUCAAGGGAAUGGAGGAGAGGAAAAACAUCAUCACUUGGAACUCGGUCAUCACGGGUUUGGCUCAAGGCGGGCGGGCGAAGGAGGCUUUAGACGUUUUUCAUGAAAUGCAGAACUCGGAAAAUGUGGUCCGCCCGGAUAAAAUAACUGUGGCAAGUGCACUCUCGGCGUGUGCUUCUCUUGGCGCCAUUGAUCACGGAAAGUGGGUGCAUAGUUACUUGGAGAGAAGUGGGAUUGAAUGUGAUAUGGUGAUUGGGACAGCCUUGGUAGACAUGUAUGGGAAAUGUGGUUAUGUGAACAGAGCACUGGAGGUAUUCAACGGGAUGCGUGGAAAGGAUUUCUUAGCAUGGACGGCCAUGAUUUCAGUUCUAGCGCUUAACGGCUAUGGAGAAGAGGCUUUUGAGGUAUUCGAAGAGAUGGUAGCAGCUGGAGUGAGGCCAAACGCUGUGACAUUCGUUGGUUUGUUGUCUGCCUGUGCUCACUCCGGCCUUGUACAGAAAGGCCGUCAGUGCUUUGAUUCAAUGAAGCGCGAUUACCACAUAGAGCCGCAAGUUGAGCACUACGCUUGCAUGAUUGACAUACUUGGUCGAGCCGGGCUUUUCACUGAGGCACAAGAUGUUAUAAACAGCAUGCCAAUGAGGCCAGAUGCUUUUGUUUGGGGUGCUCUACUUGGAGCUUGUCAACUCCAUGGAAACGUUCGCCUAGGCGAAAAAGUAGCAAUGCUCUUGAUUGAGUUGGAGCCUCAGAACCAUGCUUACUACAUCAUUUUGUGUGAUUUAUACGCGAAGGCCGGUAGAUUUGAUGAUCAGAAAAGGAUUAGAUCAAUGAUGAAAGGACUGAAUGUGAGGAAGACUGUUCCUGGCUCCAGCAUGGUUGAAGUUGAUGGUGUUGUGUGUGAGUUCUCAAUUAAAGGAUCACCUGAGAUGCCAAUCUCGAACUUGCAAAGCGUGGUGGUUCUCUUAAGCAGCGAGAUGAGUAGAGAAGGUGAUGUAUGGUUGUCUCAAGAUCCUAGUUUUCCAUCCGAGGACAUUCUUCAUCGUUAACAUACAAAUGCAUGACUUGUUGAAGAUAAAGUUUGUCGAGAAGUUCAUUCUGAGGAAGAUCCACAUACUAUCUUAGCUCCAGCUCAGUCUAUUGUGAUUGAAUGAUUCUCGGCUGGAUAGAUGACAUGGAGUGUGCUGCAUAAUGCUUUGGAGCUGUUUGUCACGAUUCAUGGCCGUUAUACCACUUACCCACUUCAUGUAUCAGAUUGUUUACGGCAUAGCUAGACGUGUUCCAGACUCUGUAUAUAUCUCUCUGUUAAUUCAAUCAAAUUAUCUCUAUCAA